AUGCUUAUUAACAGGGCUCCCAUAGUUGCCAAAUGUGACCGGAAACGGAUUCUUUCCUCUUGGGCUCCAUACUGUGGUCAUGUGAUUCCAACCGAGUUCGAGGUUGAAUUUUGGAAAGUGCGAUAUCUUACGUCCCGUCAAUUUGUUGAGAAGUUAUCCAAGGAGCUUGGAGUAUGCGGCGUUGUCACAGGAAAAAACUACCGCUUUGGAUACAGAGCUGCUGGUGAUGCAUCGGAGCUGGUGAGGCUGUGCAAGGAGUUUGGUAUGGAGGCUUACAUCAUAAAUCCUGUCAUGGACAUGAAUCAAGACUCCAGAAACAUAGACUCUAGUGAUUCAAAGGAGCAGGGGCAAGUCUCAUCUACUCGUGUUCGUCAUGCCCUUUCCAAGGGAGAUAUGAAGUAUGUGUCUGAGCUUUUGGGUCGCCAACAUCGUCUUAUGAUGGUGGUAAACGACCAGGAUAGGUCUACUAGCAAUAAAAGCUGGGUAUCGGCUCCAAAGUCUUGUUUGUUAAAUCUUCCACCGAAGGAGGGUCAUUAUGAGAACUGUUCUCUUUUGAUUGAUGACAAGAAUGUUGUACCAUGCAGGGUAAUCAUUGAUGCGACACAUGUUCAUUUGGAACUGGAUGAGGUAAGUACCUGUACUUAUAUUACUUCUCAAGGCUUACAGUGCUUGGGUAUUGAUUUUGGUGAUUGAGGAGCUUGAUGGUGUUUAAAUUUGUGUCUCCAUUUUGUUUAUUUCUCAGUCAAAUGGUUCCCAGGUUAUAAGCCAUUCAUGUAUUAAUGUGAAUAGGAUAACAUCUUUUGCUGAGGCAAGGGGACACUUAUCUUAGUAUGAGUUGGUGACAGCUAGUAUUUUUACUUACGCAUUGAUUCGAGGAUGUCUAAUGCUCUGGUUCCAAUUACAUGUGCUUCAUAUAUGGUAGCCUUUGUAGAUGGCCAUUGGAGUGGGAGAGCAAAUUGACAUGUGUAGCCAUGGAUUGGACGUGGUAUUUGGAAGAUUGGUCGAUCAUCAAUUAUGGCCUUGCUUCCUCCACAAGACUAAGUCUCUAGUGAGGGGUUGCAAUCAUAACCAUUAUUUGGUAAUUGGAAGAUCAUCCAAUUACACCUAAUGGAAGGGGAGUCAAAUCCCCUUUUUGUAUAUUCUUACCUGCCUUACUUGCCUUCUUUCUUUCUUUUUUUCUUUUCCCUUUGUGUACCUUAAAGUUUCACUCAUUUCUUGGUCCAGGAGCAUUGAUGCUUCGUUGGGUAAGUUCGAAACUUAUUGCUUGCAUUUGUAAGCUUUUUACAUGUUUGCGCAUGUAUGCAGAAUGCUUAUUUUUGACAUAUUGUGGAACUUAUGCAAAUGCAAAACUACUGUUAUCUUUUUGUGGGA